GCCAGCGCCUGCAGAGCUACAGCCAACUUGGGGCCCUCCUGACGCUGCGGCUGCUGCCCUUCCUCCUGACGCUGCGGCUGCUGCUGCUGCUCCGUCGGUUACAGUGCUCCCGCUGCCGGCCCUUCCUGACGUGUUACAUGGGGCUGUCCCUGCUGCACGCCUGGCGACAAAUCUUGCAGCUCUCGGUCCAGCGUCCGGGCCGCCUCCUGCGCUGAGGACUGCCCCGGGCCCGGGGCCUGCUCCGGCUUCCUGGACGAAAGCCUGGAAGGUUGCACCAGUUCCGCUGAUGCAGCCAGCACCUCUGCCAGCACCUCCGCCAGCACAUCAGGAGAUACGCCUCGGCAGCGCUCGCGAGGAAGUUGCUGCGGCGGCAGUGGCAGCAGGGCAAGAGGCGGCGAUGGCAGGUCGUGCAGCGGCAUCUGUGCGGGCUGCCCGGGCAUAGGUGGAUGCCCUGGCGGCAGUACUCCAGAGGCCUGGGGAGGUAGCAGGGCGGCAGUACUCCAGAGGCCUGGAGAGGUAGCAGGGCGGCAGUACUCCAGAGGCCUGGAGAGGUAGCAGGGCGGCAGUACUCCAGAGGCCUGGAGAGGUGGCAGGGCGGCAGUACUCCAGAGGCCUGGAGAGGUAGCAGGGCGGCAGUACUCCAGAGGCCUGGAGAGGUAGCAGGGCGGCAGUACUCCAGAGGCCUGGGGAGGUAGCAGGGCGGCAGCCCCUCCGCCGGUUGAGGACUCGGGGCCAGCAGUACCUGUAGCGGAUGGAUGGGCAGGUCGGGUGAGCGAUUGCUGGCUUGGUGCCACACAGUGAGCGGGCAUUUGGGAACCGCCUUGUUGGCAGGAACCAUAGGCUCACACUGUAAGCAAAGAAACGCGUC